ACAUUUCUUAAUUAUCUCUGACAUUUCUUUAGGUUCACUCUUUCACGCUAAGAUCAAUAAAUAUUUUCUCUAAUUCUCGCUAAGAUGGCUCAAAAAGGUAUUAAUCCUAUAAAUAUUCUAAAAAGUAUCUACCAGAACGAAUUCCAAUGGUCCCUGGUGAAGAGUUUUGGGUUCUUUUUGCUUGGCGUCCGUAUCGCUAAAGAAUUCGCAGGAUUGGAGAUCAUGCCGGCGAUAACACAACAUUAGUGCUAACACAGAUUUUUUCAAAUGUGCUUAACAUUUUUUUAUUUAAUAACCUCAACUAUCUUUGCCAUUGAUUUGUUUCAAAGAUGCUUAAAUAAAAUAAAUAGUAAAAUUGUGAAGACUUAAA